AGGACUUGACAUUUUUUUCUUCCAUAUUUGGAAUAUACCUGGGACAUUUAGUAUUUCCGGGGCCAUGUCUCCCCAGAAGCACGGUUCUUCUGACGGCGGCAACAACGUAUCGGGUCCCGCUGUGGGAUACGUUGGUACCGGUGGCGGCAGAGCGAACGGCCGUGUCUACCACCACCAGACAACUGCACUUGUGACGCCCGCAGCCAAGAAGCCGAAAAUGGAACUGGUUCAAGCCGAUCAUGAGUUGUUCUUGCAGGCAUUUGAAAAACCGACCCAGAUCUACAGGUUUCUCAGAACAAGGAACUUGAUAGCGCCCAUAUUUCUGCACAGAACCCUCACCUACAUGUCCCACAGAAACUCCAGAACAAACGCCAAACGGAAGUCCUCCAGGGUGGAUCACCUGCUGUACAGAGUGGAGAAGAAGAGGGCUGAGCAGAAGGCACACAGCCUGGCUUCACACCUGCAACUCACCUUCACUGGGUUCUUUCAUAAAGUCGAGAAGUCAUCCGUAGACUCAGAGAAUGAGCAGAACUCUGUUUCUCUAGAGGUGCUGCUGGUUAAAGUCUGUCACAAGAAGAGGAAGGAUGUGAGCUGUCCAGUGAAGCAGGUUCCUACAGGGAAGAAACAGGUGCCUCUGAACCCAAACAGCAGCACUCCCAGCAGUCAGCCCAAGCCGGGCUCCUGUCCUUCUCUGGUGGUGUCCAGUAGUGAGUUUGAUGCCAGCAACGGCCACACGGUUAAGUCCUACUCCCUGUUGUUCAGAGUGUCUGGACCAGGCAGGACGCAGCACAACGGACUGGUCAAUGGACAGACCAAUGAGAAUAUAGAGGGGGUGUGUAACAGGAAGAAGAGAGGUUCCACCGUCAGACAAGAAGAAGUUGGAGAAACAACGUUCGUAGCUCAGAUGACUGUGUUUGAUAAGAACAGGCGUCUGCAGUUGUUAGAUGGAGAGUAUGAGGUGUCUAUGCAGCAGAUGGUGGACUGUCCUGUCAACAAGAAGAGAGCCACCUGGGAAACGAACCUGGAUGGAAAGCUCCUCCCUCCGUUUGAGACGUUCUCCAAGGGUCCUACUCUCCAGUUCACACUGCGUUGGACAGGCGAGCCCAGUGAUAGGUCCACGGCCCCUGUGGCCAAACCCCUCGCCACACGGAACGCUGACGCUAGCAGCCUGACCUCCGACCCUAAGCCCUGCUCCCUCAGACCCACUCAGACCGUAGCUGUGAAAGACUCCUUCAGCAGUUCAGAGUUUCAGAUGAGACAAGAACACACACUUGAGGAACCAAGUGACAAUCUACGCAUAUUCUACCAGUUCCUGUAUAACCACAACACACAGCAGCAGACCGAGGCUAGAGAUGACCUCCACUGUCCCUGGUGCACUCUGAACUGUAGGAGACUCUACAGUCUCCUCAAACACCUCAAACUGGCCCACAGCAGAUUCAUCUUCAACUACGUGCCCCACCCUAAAGGAGCGAGGAUAGACGUGUCUAUUAAUGAGCGUUACGACGGGGUGCAUGCUGGGAAUCCUCGGGAUAUUCACAGUCAGCCCGGCUUCGCCUUCAGCAGGAACGGACCCGUCAAGAGAUCCCCCGUCACACACAUCCUCGUCUGCAGACCGAAGCGUCUCCUCCCCCCCAGUCUGUGUGAGUUCCUGGAGGCUGAUGGAGGAGAGGGAGACCAGCAGAGAAUCAUCCCAGGUCACAACCGCCUCUACUUCCGCUCAGACAGCUGUACCCCCAAAACACCCCAGGAGGUAGAUCACGACAGUGAGGAUGAGACUGACCCCUUCUGGCUCCGAGAGAGGACCAUCAUGCAAAUCCAGGAGUUUACAGACGUGAACGAUGGAGAGAAGGAGGUGAUGAAGCUGUGGAACCUUCACGUCAUGAAGUCUGGCUACAUAGCAGACAACCAGAUGAACGGAGCCUGUCUGGCGUUUGUGGAAGGUUGCGGUGCGUACAUUGCCAGGAAGAACCUCUGUAGGAACUUCCUGUUACACCUGGUCAGCAUGCAUGACUUUAAACUGGUUACCACGGCAACCAUCAACCAGGCCAUGACACGCCUCCGACACAUCCAGCAGACCCAGCGGCAGGAAGGAGGAGAGUGUUGGGUGACAGCGCUGGAGUCUCCGUCUGAGCUGCAACCCGACUAUGCCACAUGUAAUGACGACCACACGGAUGGUAAGAGUAACCAUGGUAAUGGCCGCACGAACGGAAACGGCGAUGGCGACGAAGCUGGUAGUUCUGUUGCUGUGGAAACGUCCAGGCCGAGCAAGAGGCAUAAGUUGUGAGGUACCCUCCGGCCCUCUCCUGGAGGAGUGAUGAGUAUCUAAAAUGAUGCCCGGUGAUUGGCUGAGUGGAGGGUGAAAGAGGGUGUGUUGGUGUUGGUGGUGAUUGGAGGGAAUAAUAAGAGAGACUCAUGAUGACAUCAUACCAAACAAGCACUGGGUGUUGGGUUUACCGUAUAGAGGUGGUGGGCCAGAAUCAUUUAAGUCCAUUUGGACACACACACACACACACACACACACAGUCCCACUGGUUAUAGCAGGGAAACCUUGGUCUAGUUUUUCCCCAUGUCUGGUUAUUCAGUCUUGCUUUGAUGUCAUUAGACUGACGUUACAGUGACCAUGAGGUCUGUCAACGCAUCACUUUAGCAAUAACUUAGUCCCAACUGGCACCAUAUUCCUUUAUACUAGUGUGCACUACUUUUUACCAGGCCCUGCUAUAGACUAGGGGGUGUACUUGUACAUCAAGCUGUCUGCUGUAGACUAGGGGGUGUACUUGUACAUCAAGCUGUCUGCUGUAGACUAGGGGAUGUACUUGUACAUCAAGCUGUCUGCUAUAGACUAGCAUUCUGUCCAGGAGGUGUACUUGUACAUCAAGCUGUCUGCUAUAGACUAGCAUUCUGUCCAGGAGGUGUACUUGUACAUCAAGCUGUCUGCUAUAGAUUAGGGGAUGUACUUGUACAUCAAGCUGUCUGCUAUAGAUUAGCAUUCUGUCCAGGAGGUGUACUUGUACAUCAAGCUGUCUGCUAUAGAUUAGCAUUCUGUCCAGGAGGUGUACUUGUACAUCAAUCUGUUUGCUAUAGACUAUGGGAUGUACUUGUACAUCAAGCUGUCUGCUAUAGAUUAGCAUUCUGUCCAGGAGGUGUACUUGUACAUCAAGCUGUCUGCUGUAGACUAGGGGAUGUACUUGUACAUCAAGCUGUCUGCUAUAGAUUAGCAUUCUGUCCAGGAGGUGUACUUGUACAUCAAGCUGUCUGCUAUAGAUUAGCAUUCUGUCCAGGAGGUGUACUUGUACAUCAAGCUGUCUGCUAUAGAUUAGCAUUCUGUCCAGGAGGUGUACUUGUACAUCAAGCUGUCUGCUAUAGACUAGCAUUCUGUCCAGGAGUGGUACUUGUACAUCAAGCUGUCUGCUAUAGACUAGCAUUCUGUCCAGGAGGUGUACUUGUACAUCAAGCUGUCUGCUAUAGACUAGCAUUCUGUCCAGGAGGUGUACUUGUACAUCAAGCUGCCUGCUAUAGACUAGCAUUCUGUCCAGGAGUGGUACUUGUACAUCAAGCUGCCUCACUACAGAAGCAGGAGGUGGGCUCCUGCCCUCUGGGCCGUUCUGGCUGUUACAAAGCUUUAACACUCUAGGCCGAGGCCCAUAGGGUCCUAUAUAGAUCAGUGGUUCCCAAACUGUUUCACUCAGGUCCCUCUUCCAGCAUUGGGGAACAUCCAUGUCUAUGGGCACAAGCACUGUUCAUGACACAAACGGUUCACACCCCUAAAAUGUUGCAGAUUUUAAAGCUUAUUUCCUUGGGCGUCUGUUUGAGACAGACUUGGGCGUCUGUGCACUAGAUAGGAAAUAAGGUGCCAUUUGGGAUAUUUGCUUUGGGACAAACUCGUUUAAAAAAAAUAUAUAUAUAUAUAUUAAUUAUAGAGACGGACCGAAAAGACUUGGGUCGUCUUCACUUGGGAUGGACUACGUGAACAAUAUAAAUGUUUGUUUUCGUUUUUCUUUUGCUAAACGUUUUUGCUACAGUGUGCACUAAUGAAUACAACCCUGAUGACGGACAGACUCUGCUGUAUUGUAUUGUUAUUAAGGGGAAUGGUUGGUUGUAAUGAUGAUGCAUUCUGAAUGUUAACAUUUGAUUGUUAUGUUUAUUACUAUGGGGGCCAUUUGAGGCUAAACUUGAGGGACGGUACACUGGUCUGAAGUCCAGCUCUUGGAAACAGUGUUGUUGGACUAGAAUGUGUCUGGCUCAGGGUAGAAACAUCCCUUUGCCCCCCCCCAUCCUAAACUAAAUGUGUAUUGCUGUCAGACCUCUGUUACUAUUUGGAGUCUUUAAUGUUUGCUCUAGCCUGCCUGGAGUGCUAGAUGGGAGGAGUUGCAGUUUUGGGACUCGUCUUUAGGUCCAUUCAAGCCAGGCAAGCUCAAUCAAACACAGAUCGAGUAUUUGAACUCAGGUCUGAUUAGCACUCAAGUCAGUCAGGAGCCAAUGGUGCUACUAGACAGAUGAUUCAGGCCCUCAGUGAGCACAGAUCGCAGUCAUCUGUAACCUUUUUGAGGUCGUCAGGUCAUUAGGUCAAGGUUCAGUUACACUGUAUGACCACAUUCAUCAUCAAGCUGAAACCGUGCAGCACCCGCAUCCACUCACUGCUUUUGGGUAGUGUCCCGAAUGGCUCCCUAUAUAGUAUACUACUUUUGACCAGGGUCCACAGGGUAGUGCACUACUUAUAGGGAAUGAGUUGGGAUGCACUCUUACUAUGUUGGAGUAAUUUGGUAUAUAUAUAUAUAUAUAUAUAGUGUACCAUAGGGCCCUGGUCAAAAGUAGCAUGGACCACAGGAGGUUGGUGGCAGCGUUAAUUUGGGAGGACGGGCCCUGGUCAAAAGUAGCAUGGACCACAGGAGGUUGGUGGCAGCGUUAAUUGGGGAGGACGGGCCCUGGUCAAAAGUAGCAUGGACCACAGGAGGUUGGUGGCAGCUUUAAUUGGGGAGGACGGGCCCUGGUCAAAAGUAGCAUGGACCACAGGAGGUUGGUGGCAGCUUUAAUUGGGGAGGACGGGCCCUGGUCAAAAGUAGUAGGGACCACAGGAGGUUGGUGGCAGCUUUAAUUGGGGAGGACGGGCCCUGGUCAAAAGUAGCAUGGACCACAGGAGGUUGGUGGCAGCUUUAAUUGGGGAGGACGGGCCCUGGUCAAAAGUAGCAUGGACCACAGGAGGUUGGUGGCAGCGUUAAUUGGGGAGGACGGGCCCUGGUCAAAAGUAGCAUGGACCACAGGAGGUUGGUGGCAGCGUUAAUUGGGGAGGACGGGCCCUGGUCAAAAGUAGCAUGGACCACAGGAGGUCGGUGGCAGCGUUAAUUGGGGAGGACGGGCCCUGGUCAAAAGUAGUAGGGACCACAGGAGGUUGGUGGCAGCGUUAAUUGGGGAGGACGGGCUCGUGGUAAUGGCUGGAGCGGAAUGGUAUCUAAACAUGUGAUUUCCAUGUGUUUGAUGCCAUUAUGAGCCGUCCUCCCCUCAGCAGCCUCCACUGGUAUGGGCCCUGGUCAACAGGAGUGCACUAUAUAGGAAACAGGGUCUCAUUGCUUCUCCAGUGUUGGGGUGGAUCUUUUCAGGUGUGAACUUGAAUUUGCAAUCAAUCAGGACCCAAACAAAGGAAGCUGUUCCUACGUUCUGUAGCUGUGUGCAGUAUGUUGACUAGGGUCAUGUUCAUUUGGCACAAAACGUUAGAAAGCACUCAAAAACGAGGGAGUUGGAGGUACUCUCUGUACUAAUCCAAUAAAACACUUAUCUUCUGUUGCAAAACGUUUUGCUACAGUGCGCCUCAAUGAACAUGACCGAGGUUUGUGUAUGUAUAUAUAUAUAUAUAUGUCACUUCAGGAAAAAGGAGCAACAUUUUGCUCUAGCGAACCCAGAUAAGACUUUUGUACACCAACAUCCUAAAACCAGCUGGACGUUGGAAUUGAGUAAUAAAGGAGUCAUAGAAAAUGUUUUCUAUUUAAAAGAAUAAAGAUGUUUUGUACUAUUA